AUGCCCGCUGGAGGACGGCUCUUCCAUCCCGACGCGUCUCUUGUCUUGAUUGGAAUUCGCGCAUCCGGGAAGAGGUCUCUAGGUCUCAUUGCUGCCACUGCUCUUGGGAGGAGAUUCAUUACCGAGGAUCAUUACUUCCAAAGCGUCAAUGGACUUUCCAGACAAGACUAUUUGAAAGCCCACGGAGCCGGCAAAUUCCACGCGCAAGACAUUGAGACUUCCAAGCGGAUGCUGGAGGACAACAAGUAUAGAUGCGUUAUUGAAUGUGGGCUGGUGAGCCUCACCGGCAGCUUUCAAGACUACCUGAGGCGGUAUUGCGAAACAAAUCCCGUUGUAUUCGUGCUUAGGGACAUGGAGCAGAUCAAGACGCUUUUGAAUCUGGAUGAGCGAACUACAAGACUGCUCGAACAAGGGAACCUGACACAUCGGACCUGUUCCAAUUUCGAGUUCUACAACCUUGAAGAUCAGUCGGUCAAGGGACCUCUGGAGUCGGAUCUGGCAGAUCGGGCCUCGCCCAACUAUUCGUUCAAGCUCAGGAAUGCCCAAGCCGACUUCUCCUCCUUUGCACGAUUCAUUACUGGAGCCCACCCAGUGCAACCCAACUCCGAUUCCCCGUUCUCCCUGGACAUUCCUGUGGAGCUGCGAGCAUAUACUCACGCUCUUUUCGUGAGGCUCUCUGACUUUGGUGCUGAGAAAAUCGAUUUUGCUGCAUUGGAAUCCGCGGGUGAUUUACUAGAAAUACAUGUCGAUCAUUGGAAUUCCAGCACAUCCAGAAUGUUGAGCAAGAUGAUCGCUGUCGCCAGGCGAGCACUCAGGAUUCCAAUCCUACUCUCGGCAAGUCGGCAGCUCUCUGAGCCGUCAACGAGAGAAAACCACUUCCCAGUCAUGAUGCAAGGGCUACGGCUCGGUGUCGAGUAUAUGUCAGUGGAUCUGGACUCCGAGGACAGCGCCAUUGCAGCCGUCAGAGCUGGGAAGGGAUACACAAAGCUCGUCGGCAAUUAUAUCAACGAGGUCGCGGAUGAUGUUGGUUGGAGAGAUGCUAAAUGGAAGAACAUGUACAACAGAGCCAUCGCUUUGAGGUUCGAUAUGGUUCGGCUCCUAAACAAUCCAACGUCACGCCAUGACAACGAGGCCUGGAGCUGGUUUGUGGAGGAGCUGAAGAGUCUUCCCGAACCUAGACUGAUCGCAAUCACAUUCAACACCGGCGGCCUUGAAGGCCGAACGUCGCAGAUCAUGAACCCUAUACUCACUUCUGUGACCCAUCCAGCUCUCCCUACAGCACGCGAAACAUUCGACCGCCUCGGACCAUUGCUCUCAUCCAGAGAGGUCAUUAAUUCACUCUUCGACUGCUUCGUCUUCGAUUCGCUCGAUUUCUUCAUUGUCGGAGCGAAUGUGUCUGGGUCACUGUCGCCCGCCAUGCACAAUGCAGCAUAUGCUCUCCUUGGGUUGAAGCACCAUUACAGCACCAGGAACAUCAAGUCAUGGGCAGACAUUGAAGAACUUGCUCGAGACAAUACCUUGGGCGGCUUGAGCAUCGUACAACCAUACAAGGUGAAGGUUGUCCCGAGGUUAGAAUCACUCAGUGGCCAUGCAAAGGCGAUAGGAGCAGUCAACACGCUGAUCCCCCUCCGAGCAAACUCGGCUGGUGUCGUGCCCUCAUUGGAAGUGCAGGCGCAGGAACGGAAUCGUGCAGGGCGCAUUGUGGGAUGGUUUGGAGAAAACACCGACUUCAUUGGGAUAAUGAACUGUGUCCAGGGAAACCUUUCGCCCCGAAAUGCCAUUCAACCAAGGACUACAGCCCUGGUGAUCGGCGCUGGUGGCAUGGCGAGAGCCGCAGUAUAUGCCAUGUUGCAGCUGGGUUGCAAACAUAUAUUUGUGUACAACAGAACGGUCGAGAAUACGAGAGCUAUCGUCGGACACUUCAACCAUUGGGCCAAGUCUCAGUCGAACGGGAACGCCGGUACAUUUACUCCAGAACCGGUCGAGGUGCUGGAAUCUACAACCGAACCGUGGGGUGCCGGUUUCCUUCUUCCAACUAUCGUCGUGUCCUGUGUCACUCACGAGCUUCUCGACGGAAAUCCAGGAGCGAGCUUUGAAAUGCCAGAGUCCUGGAUACAGUCACCGAGCGGAGGGGUCGUUGUCGAGAUGGCUUACAUGACGAGAGAAACGCCGUUGGUGAAGCAGAUGAAGCGUUUCCGUGAGGCCACUGGGAGACCCUGGGUGAUCGUUGACGGCAUUGAAACACUGAUAGAGCAGGCAGUUGCUCAAUUUGAGUCGAUGACAGGCAGAAAAGCACCAAAGUAUUGCAUGGCGGAUGCUGUUCACGCCGCACUUGGUGAAAAUAUGUCGUAUCUGGCGGACGGGGAGGAAUUCUUCACAUGA